GCUUCUACUCUGCGAUCACAAAAUAUUGCAUCCCAAAUACCUUAUAAAACCGUGAGACGCGAGUCGAAGAGCGAUCAAAUAGAACGAAAUUAAAAGAGGAAAAAAAAAAGAAAAGGAAAGGAAAGAUAACGGCGAUGGCGAUUUCAAGGUUCUUGACGGCGCUGGUCUUCUUUCUUGGCGCGACGACGGUGACGGUAUCCGGCUUCAACGUGACGACGCGCGCCUUCGACGAGGGGUAUUCCCACCUGUUCGGGGAGGGCAACCUCGUCCGUUCCCCUGACGGCAGGACCGUCCGCCUUGUCCUCAACCGUUAUUCCGGUGCGGGUUUUAUAUCGUCCGACCUGUAUUACCACGGCUUCUUUAGCGCCUCGAUCAAGCUGCCGUCAGAUUACACAGCGGGAAUCGUCGUCGCCUUCUACACAUCUAAUGGGGAUAUUUUUCCAAAGACACACGACGAGCUGGACUUUGAGUUUUUAGGAAGCAUUAGAGGCGAGAGGUGGAGAAUCCAAACCAAUGUCUAUGGCAAUGGCAGCACCAACCGAGGCCGAGAGGAACGCUACAUUCUCCCCUUUGACCCCACCAAGGACGCCCACCGCUACUCCAUCCUUUGGACCGCCACCCACAUCAUCUUCUACAUUGACAACACACCUAUAAGAGAGGUUGCCCGCAGCGACGCCAUGGGUGGCGAUUUCCCAUCCAAGCCCAUGUCCCUCUAUGCCACCAUAUGGGACGGCUCUACAUGGGCCACCUCCGGUGGCAAGUACAAAGUCAAGUACAAAUACGCCCCCUUCAUAGCAGAAUUCUCCGACCUGGUCCUCCAUGGCUGCCGCGUCGAUCCCAUCCAACAAGUGCCGUCCACCGAGCAUUGCAUGGAGGCCAACGAUGAGCUCAUGGCCGCCGAUUUCGCCAUCAUGACACCGCGAAAGCGUGCGGCCAUGCGCCGGUUUCGUGAGCGUUACAUGACCUAUUCAGUCUGCUACGACACACUUCGGUAUUCCGACACCUUACCGGACUGCAACAUCAUCCCCUCGGAGCAGGGGAGGUUUUCGGAAUCCGGCCACACCAAGUCCCCACCCCGCAGACGCCGGUCCAGGCGCCAGAACCGGAUGCCAAGUGCUGCUGACACCAUGAGUCAGCCAAUUGUCUAAAUUUAGCAUUGGUUGUAUUGUUAGGUGGUCAAUGGAACACUAGUUUCGUUCCUUUUUCCUCCUAUGAUUCUCUCUGUCAUCCGAAUAAGAUCCAGAUAGGAAGUGGUGGAUUCUUUUUGUUGUUUUGGUUUGUCUGGUAACCCUAGUUAUAGGUUUUACCAUUUGUUGAUUUGUUUCCAUUUUUUGUAGGUUUUUUUUUUCACGUUCAGUCCAUUUAAGGGUAGAUGUGGCCUUAGAUAUUUGUCAAGUGGACUUGUAAUUAUAAAUUUAAAAAAGGGUUAAGUCACGUACUUUAUAGUUCA